GUGGGGUUUUGCUGCCGAUAACGCUGAACUUUUCUGAAGUCCCUCAAAUUUCUCGACUUUCAAGGGUUGAAAAAGGAAAGCGAGACCCGAGUUGACCGACUGUAGAGCGAAGGCCGACUCAAAAUUUCAAGAUGGCGUCCGCGUCACUGAAGGAGAAAUUGGACAAGAUCAGGUCCCCCAAUCUCCAAAACCAGAAGCAGACCGCCAGCGUGCUCGAAGGCGUUGAGUCUGCCUUUGCAGAACGCAAAACCGAAGUCACCCCGACCGCAUACUUUGCAGCGCUCCUCAGCCUCCUCGACAACAAGAGUCUGGUAACGCCAGUCGUCUAUCUCCUCGAUGUCGUCACGCCUUUCGCGCCCGAGCCUCUCCUGAGAGCCAAGUUCACACAAAUCCUGGCUCUUCUGGCGCCAGUCUUGACACAGCCUGAUGCCGACGCUCCCCUGAUCCGGUCGUCGCUAGGGUGUCUAGAGAGCUUACUGCUGGCUCAAGAUGCGGCCGCGUGGGAUAUGAGCACGGCCCAGGUCGGCCCUCGGCGCGCCGUCGGCGGACUUCUCGGCCUCGCCCUGGAUCCUCGCCCCAAGGUCCGGAAGAGGGCCCAGGAGGCGCUGAGGAAAGUCCUCAAGAACCCACCCCCGAGCCCGUCUCUCGACCACCCCGCGGCGCCCAUGUGCGCCGAGACGGCCAUGCAGAGUCUCCGCGAUCUCGCCGAGAAGGCGACCACGUCCCAGAAGGAGAAGAAGGCCUCGGAGCCCUUGAACAUUCCCGAGCUUAUCCACGCCCUGCAGCUCGUCAAGUCUAUCGCCUCGGCGAGCGGCGGGUGGCCUAGCACCAAGAUCGAGUCGCUGUGUGAACUGCUCCUCGCCAUUGCUCGCUCUGGCAGCGAGCACAUGAGCAUCGCUGUGUUCGAUGUCUUCGAGAUGAUUUUUGAGGGCAUGGCCGACGAGGUUGCGUCUGCAAAGCUGCCGCGCCUGAUCGAAAUUAUCAAGGAGCUGCGUCCGGCGUCGGGCGACACUCAGCUUCUCCCGCCUUGGCUGGCCAUUUAUUCGAGAGCCUACGAUGUUUCUGCGCAGAUCUCCCCAGAGGAGACGUUCCAGGAGCUGGCAGAGCCGUUUGCGCUGGUUGCUAAAUAUCUGGAAUCGGAGGCCAAGAAUAUUCGGAUCUCGGCCUCGGAGUGCCUUGUGUCCUUCAUGGCCAACUGUGUUCCGCACCAAGUCCUCCUUGACCCUUCAGUCUACGAUGAAAAGGUGCUUCGGAGACUGGUCAAGACAGCCGAGAGUCUGUUGACUGUAAACUAUCAACAGGCGUGGCUGGAAACGUUCAAUGUUCUCGGCGCCAUGUUUGACGCGCUGCGCUGGAGGGCCUCGCCCUAUCUGCUUGGGGUGGCGAAAACCAUUGGCGAAAUGCGAAGUGUCGAGUUAUUUGCCGGCAAGCAAGAGGCCGACGAGGUCAUUGGCAAAGCCAUACGUGCAAUGGGUCCGGAAGCGGUCUUGGAAGUUUUGCCGUUGAACCUCGCAACGCCAGUCAGGGGUCAGCCAGGGAGGGCCUGGAUGCUGCCCUUGAUGCGUGAUUACGUCUCUAACACUAAUCUUGCGCACUUCAGGUCCGAACUUGUACCCCUCAGUGCCAUUAUGUUCCAGCGUGUGAUGGAUCAUGGGGAGGAAGCGAGGACAAUGGAAAUCAAGAUUUACGAGACGGUCGUGAACCAGAUCUGGUCAAUCCUCCCGGGCUAUUGCGACCUGCCGCUGGAUCUGACCGUGGCCUUUGACACUCCUUUCGCCGAGAUGUUGACAAAUCUGCUAUACGAACAGGUAGAUCUGCGCCUCGGUAUCUGCCGCGCACUGAAGACCCUCGUCGAGUCAAACCAGGCAAUCGCCUCGCUAGAGGGCGAGGAUGAUCUGGUCUUGCAGAGCAGACUUAGCAAGGAGGAUGCGCAAGAGAACCUAGACUUCCUUGGAGCAACAUACGCUGGAGACCUCUUGGCAGUGCUUUUCAAUGUCUACAGCACAACGUUGCCCCAGAAGCGCGGUCCGGUUUUGCAGACCAUCAACGCGUUUCUCAGCAUAAUACCUUCAGCACGUCUCCAGGAAACCUUUGAUCUGGUUUGCGAGAAGCUCGCUGCUGCUCUGCAAGAGGUCCCGGCGAAACACGAGAAACAGACCCAGGAAGGCGAGCAACCAAAGAAGGCAAAGAAAAAGGAGGAGCAGCUGCCAUCUACUGCACAGACCCUUAUGGACCUUGUCGUCACAAUGUCGAUAUACCUUCCAAGGGAAAGCUUCGAGGCCCUGUUUAAGAUUGCGUCCCUUGUCAUAAUUCGCGACGACGACCCGCAACUGCAGAAGAAGGCCUACAAACUGAUCCCGCGCCUGGCCGACUCCCCGCUAGGCAAGGUGGCUCUGGAGCAAAGAAGCCCGGAACUCCAAACUCUCCUUUUAUCAAGCGCAGAGAAGGUGUCGGCUCCCGCUCGGCGGGACCGCCUUGCUGCCAUUGCUGCCCUCAUCCCAUCUGUCCCCGACACCGAACUCCAUUUCAUCCCGUCUAUCCUUUCUGAGGUCGUCAUCAGCUGCAAAGAGCACAACGAAAGGGCCCGCAUAACAGCCUUUGACCUGCUGGUUCUCAUGGGCGAGAAGAUGACAUCUGCUAAGGGUGCUCUAAUUGACAACAGCAAAGUCCCACACAUGACCAAGGAUGCCCUGAUGGCGCCUGCUUCGAUCGAGGAGUACGUUACCAUGGUCAGCGCCGGUCUUGCAGGAAGCACACCUCACAUGAUCUCGGCUUCCAUCACAGCAAUUACGCGGAUACUCUACGAGUUCCGGGAGACCCUUAGCCUGGAGACUACGGCCGACUUGGUGCAAACAAUGGACCUCUUCUUGACGUCUAACAACCGCGAAAUCGUGAAAAGCGUGUUGGGCUUCGUCAAGGUCUGCAUCAUCAGCUCACCCACUGACAUGGUGCUCCCACGUCUUGGUACGCUUGUACCAAACCUCAUGGUAUGGAGUCACGAACACAAGGGCCACUUUAGAUCAAAGGUCAAGCACAUACUUGAGAGAAUGAUACGGCGAUUUGGCGUUGAGACGGUCAACAAGUACUGCCCAGAAGCCGAUAAGAAGCUUAUCACCAACAUACGCAAGACCAAGGAGCGGAACAAGAGGAAGAAGGACGCUUCGAGAGACGCCGACGACUCGGAGGAUGGCGAGGAGGACAAGCGCACCGGUCGGUUUGAGAGCGAGUACGACCAGGCUCUAUAUAGCAGCGACGAGUCUGGGCAGUCGGGUGAAUCCGAUACCGAGAUGGGCGGCAAGCCGACAAAGGCAUCGCGGAAGGGCGCGAAGGGUGGCAAUGCGUAUAUCGUCGAGGACGAGGACGAGCCUCUGGAUCUGCUCGACCGCAACGCGCUUGCCAACAUCUCCUCGACAAGGCCGGUGAAGCUUAAGCUCCGGACCAAGUCCAAGGCAAAGAUGGACCUGGAUGGGAAGCUCAUCUUCGGCAAGGACGAUAACGACGGCGCCAUGGACAUCGACACGACUGGUGGCGAGGGCGAGAGCGGCGUGGGGGCCUAUGUGGCUGCCCUCAGAGGCAAGGACGCGCCGCGGAGAGGCCUUCGUGGAAAAAUCAAGUGGUCCAACGGGAAAAAGGGCGGGGAUGACGACGAUGACGAGGACGGCAUGGAUGUCGACGACUCGGCUGCGCGGGCGCUCAAGUCUAGCGGCUUCCGGUCGCGGGGCGACGGCAAGUCUCGCGGCAUGUCGCGAGGCAGAGGGGGCGGUGGUAGAGGAGGCGGAGGCGGAGGCGGAGGCGAUAGGGGCGAUAGGGACGGGGUCUGGGACAAGACAAGCGGCAAGGAAUUCAAGGGGGGAGGGUAG